AUGAGUAGCGACGAAGAUUAUGAUAAUCUGCCGAAUAUAACUUUAUUCGAGCCGACACCUGGCUGCAGUAAAGAUGAUCCACCGUUGGUUAAAAAAAAGUGCAAAGAGUUCGUAGUACCUCCAGCGGAGGAGCUCGUGAAGGAGAGAGAGAAGUUGCGUAAGCUGAAACUAGAGCUGCAGUCUUUCAAUUGCCCAGAAAUUGAACCUCGCUGCGAUUUGGACGCUGAGCUGCGUGAGGUUGGGUUGAUGAAGGUACAAGGUCCGUUGUGGCCAGCGCAGCGCCCCAUCCCGACCGCUCGCGAACUGUGGAGCACGAUGAGCCCAUAUCUGAUGUCCCGCGGUGUCACCUUGGACAAAUUGCCUAAUCGCCUCCCAAAACUUACGGCCGCUUUAACAACUGAUACGGGCGACCGCAUUAUUCCACCAGCCGAUUUUGGAUGGUCCGACAGUGAAAUGCUGGGCGCCUGCGUAGUGACGUUAGUUGCUACAAUUGCCAGAGAAUCUCACAUAAAACGUGUUGCGGCGCGAACGUUACAGACGCUCCUGGACUACCACGCGAGUCAUUUACAGUUGGAAGACUUCUUGCUGAUGAUAGUGAAAUCAUUCCCGGAUCCGCGCAUGCGCCGAGAUAUCGGCGAUAUGAUAAUCAACGGCGCGGGACUGGGUGCCGACCGCGUGUCGAGGGCUCUGUUCUACACCACCUUGCUAACGAUUAUUCAUAAAGCGAAUCCUAAUGCUGGUAUCGCAAUAAAUAAGUACAAAGUCGGCGAAUCUAGUAAAUCUUGUCAACCAGUUAAAACUGAAACGAAUGAAGCUAGCGGUGCUAUUCAUGUUGGUGUGAUUAAAUUUUGCGGGAAGAGUGAACCUUGUGACACCCCAGGUGCAGCUGCAUCUGCACCUGCAGCUGCACCUGCACCUCCACCUGCACCUGCACCUCCACCUCCUGCUCCAGCUCCAGCUCCACCUAGUGUCGCUACUGUGGAGGAUGACGAUGUAAAAGUGACCGUAGCAAACGUGAUAGAGGGCGACUCCUAUCCACUACUACGCGUUGCUGAGGCAAUUCCGUACUGGCGCCGCUGUACAGACGCCGAGCGUUAUGAAGUCAUCAAGCUCGCAGGCCGUUUGAUGGCCGAUUCGAUGUCUGCGGACGGUACGGAGGCGACACGAAGGGCACGGAAGCUACUGCUAAAGAAUAUCAAACAGACAAAAACACAGCAUGCGUCGCCUUAUCACCAGUAUAAGGAACGUGUGGAGAUCGGGAAACUGGACAUAUUGUUCUCCGACAAAUAUUGA